AUGUCAUCCAAUUCCAACUCUAUCAAGCUGUUGACGGGCAACAGCCACCCCGAGCUGGCCGAGCUCGUGGCUGACCGUCUCGGCAUUGAAUUGACAAAGAUUAUGGUCCUGCAAUACUCCAACCAAGAGACCAGUGUCACAAUCGGUGAAAGUGUGCGCGACGAAGAUGUCUUCAUCCUACAGUCUACACGACCUAACGACAUCAACGAUGGCCUCAUGGAACUCCUCAUCAUGAUUAACGCUUGCAAGACCGCCUCCGCCCGCCGCAUCACCGCCGUCAUCCCCAACUUCCCUUACGCCCGCCAGGAUAAGAAGGACAAGAGCCGUGCUCCUAUCACCGCUAAGCUCAUGGCCAACAUGCUCCAGACCGCUGGCUGCAACCACGUCAUCACCAUGGAUCUACACGCUAGCCAGAUCCAGGGCUUCUUCAACGUCCCCGUCGACAACUUGUACGCCGAGCCUAGCAUCUUGAAGUGGAUCCGCGAGAACCUGGACGUUAGCAACUGCAUUAUUGUCAGCCCUGACGCCGGUGGUGCUAAGCGUGCUACCGCCAUCGCCGAUCGUCUCGAUCUGCAAUUCGCCCUCAUCCACAAGGAACGUGCCCGACCCAACGAAGUCUCCCGCAUGGUCCUGGUCGGAAACGUCAAGGACAAAGUCGCCAUCAUCGUCGACGACAUGGCCGAUACCUGCGGUACACUCGUCAAGGCCGCCGACACCGUCAUGCAGCACGGUGCCAAGGAAGUCAACGCCAUCGUUGUCCACGGCAUUCUCUCCGGCAAGGCUAUCGAGAAUAUCAACGGUAGCAGCCUAAGCCGUCUCGUCGUUACAAAUACAGUUCCCCACGCCGAGAAGAAGGAGCAAUGCGAUCGUAUCGAGACGAUCGAUGUCAGUCCCACUCUUGCUGAGGCUUGUCGUCGUACCCAUAACGGCGAGUCUGUUAGCUUCCUCUUCUCGCAUGCUGUCGCAUAA